CGGUCUUCGGGAAAACAGGGACACUAUGUGCGGGCGAGAUUAUCGGCAAAAGAAAACUCAUUCAUUUUCAAAUUUAUUGUUAAUUGUUUUUAGAAGCGAGGGUUAGUUAGACUGUAGUUAUUAAAGGAUGCACACUAUUGGAUUAAACAAGAACUGAUUGAAAAAUGGUUGAAGAAAGAAGAUGUUCCGCAGAAAUUAAUUUAGCAGACAAUGCUCUGCCGAUUCCCAUUCAAAUAUUCCUGUGGAAACAAGUGGGUCCUUUUGUGAAGCCCAAACUUGGAAAGUUACAUGAAGCAUCAUGUACGUUUUGUCAACAUGCGAGUACUGGCCAUCACGAGCUAAAAGAAGCUUGCAAAUCAUUUGAAAAAGUUCUCGUUCAAAACAUCAAAUCGGGCCUAAAAGCGGACCUAAAUGAAGCCAUAAAAUCGAUUCCUAGGUGGAGACUGAUUCAAGCCUCAUUACCCCAUGUUAUGCACGCUGUAGCUUCUAUACUUUAUAACAGGAUAAAAGAUGGGAAUAUUCAAAAUUUGGGAGCGGUGGAAACCAAACUAAUGUACACCCUCCAUUGGAUUCUGCUAGAUGCAGUAGAAGAAUGCGCAGAUGAAGAUUACGAGAAGGGAAUCUAUCAUUCCUCUCCAUUCUACUAUUUGUUUUCCAUUCCUGCUAUAACACUCUUCGUCUAUUUAUUCGUGCCGAUUUGCAACAAUCUUAAGGAAUCAGAUUUUCAAAACUUCCGCUUGGAGAACGGCCUAAAGAUAUGGCAGCCCUUAUGGGAGUACCGUCAUCCCGACGCGCCGUGCUUUGUCUCCCACUGUAAACCCAAACCUAAAUUUUUAAAUGGAAAAACUAGCAAAAAUAAACAAUUUUUUGGAGAUGUCUUUGUUGGAAGAAAACAAUCCCAUGACGAACUUUUGACCAGAGACAGCCCCACUGUAAGCCAAGGGAUAAGCGCUUCAAGUUCGGAGCAGCAGCAUUUUCCUGCAACAGGAUCUUGCACUCCAGUUACGAUAACAGCCACCAUAACCACUAAAGUUGAUGAUGAUAAUUCCUGGGUAUCCUCUCCCAAAGAUACGGUCUUUCCGGAGACCAUACCUGAGGAGAGUUCCAGUACCGAAGAGGAGCACGUGGUGAUAUUCAGGCUACCUUCUCUAAACGAAUCUGACGGAUUCACGAGAGAUCCCUCCAUUUAUACGGCUGAGACUAGCAUAAUACAGUUGGCGAUGAGGAGAAACGGCAGUGGAAAAAGCAAUUUGAAAGCCGAGCAGAUAUCUCCAGGAGAAGGAAAACAUAGUUCUGCUAAACCUCCGAUGCAGAAAGUCGGCUCAUCGACUGAUAAAGAUUCCCUUGAUAGCAGCAAAGUGCCCUCGACUGAGGCACAAGGGAAAGACGAAUUUGGCAGGGCCAUGCCUGUACAAAAAAGUUCGGCAGCUACUUUCCUAGAUGUGGCAGUUUUGAGGUGCUUGUUUAUAACUCUAUGGCAGGAGGAAGGCAUCUAUUGGGCCUUGUUGUUUCUAUUUAACAGAUUAAGAGACAUAAACGAUGAAUCUGUAGGGCAGCAGCAGCCCAGAAAGAGAAGCAAUUCUCUGCCUAUACCCAAAAUAGAAGUGUCGCUUUAUCAAAGCAACGAUUCGAAAAAGAGCGAUACCAGUAACAAAGACUUUAUUGAAGUUCCAGAACCGAAGGAUGUGUCUCUGCUCGCUGAAUCCCCAUUUCACGGUCAAUCAAAGUCCGAGGAAUCUCUACAUAAGAGAACGGCCAGCGAGAAAAUUAAGAAACGAAUGAAAAUAACCGAUUUAAAGACAUUCGUUGAAACGAAAUUGCUGUCAAAGUCCGACAAGGCGUUGGAAAAGAUAGGUCAAGAGGAGCAAAAGCCUUUAGGCCAAGUUUCGGUGGGUUCGAGGCGAAUGUUAAAUGUACUCGAAUAUCACAGGAGUUUGGAUACGGGAGAUGAACGGCUUACCCGGCCUCAAUCAUCAACUUCCAGGACGUUCGAACCGCCCAGUAAUUUGGUGAAAGGAAAGAGCAUGCCUAGUUUGAGCUGUAUUUUAGACGAACUUAAUAACGGAGGGUACAUCGAGGAAAGCCAAUGGGAAGCAAAGAAAGUCGGAAAAUUUGCUUCCUCAUCUCAGCCCAUGGCCAAUCCCAUCAUCACCGUUACAGAACACACUCCAACACCUUCCCCGGAUUACCUCAAACGACAAGGAUCCAUGGACAGCCAGCUGGAUGUCGCAAGUUUGUCUGGAAGCAAGCUGGGCAAUUGGCAAGAGAGAAAAGCCAGCCUAACUCGAUCUCAAACCGAUUCGAACAUUACCUACGCUGGAGAAGACGUUCCAGAAGCUCCUGGAGCAACUUGCUACAUAACCAAAGACGGAGACAUAGACAUACAAGUUGUUUUGCAGGCUGUGCACAGAACAUCUUUAAGAGACAGGGGGUCUUGCACAUUAAGGGUGUUAGAAGUCAUACUGAACGUGAUCGAGCUGUUGAUGGAUAUGGGUGUUAUGAAACAAUGCUUGAAAGAGGAAGCCAUAGGAAACUCGAUAUCACAACAAGACGCCGGUACUCCUGAUAAACGAUCUGGAAAAGUACCAGCCAGCACUACAAAAGGAUCCAUCGGUGGAAGUGAGGUUGAAAAAAGCAAGCCAGUGUCUUCUCACAGGCUUAUAAUGAAUGCCAUCAUUAGGGUAUUGAAACACUUGGGUUGUCCCCAAGGAUGUUCGGAGGGGCUCAGAGGUCCGCCCGCCGAAUUUAUGAGAACCCAAUCUCAGAACAUAUUGGUGAAGUUGAACAGGGCCAGUCCGAAGCAGUUCAAAAGUUUCCUUAAGGAUUAUGUGAAAUACGAGCCGCUCUCGGACGUGAUGGAUUUGUUCCAUUCCUACUUAGGCUACUGCAUUGAUCCCAGCUCGCUUCUCUCGCCUCUAAACCAGAAGAGGGGCUCUGGAAAAUCACAAGACACAGUAUCGCAAGGUGGUUAUGCUAGCAACUUUGACACAGGCCUUGGAGGCGGUGGCAUACGGGGCAUCGAAAGCACCAUCAUGUCGCACGUUUUCAAACCGCUAGUCACCAGAUUCGUCGAGUCCACCGAUGAAGUUAAGAAUGUAGAGAACAUUACUCUAUAUUGUGAAGUAAGGCAACUGGUGACCUACGUUAAAGAAGGUCAUGGGAGUAUAUUCAGAAGAGUUGCUUUGAGCGCUUUAAUUGACACUGCAGAUAGACCCACUAAAAAAGAAGUCAACGUUCAAACAACUAGAGUUAUCAGGCACAUGCACCAUUCGGAAAUCGAAGAGCCAGGAGACGCUCCCACUGAUACUCAGUCCUACACAGAAGAUAGAGGAACGAGAAAGUCUCUAUUUAAGAAAAGAAGCACUUCUUCUACAUGCCCGAGUUUAUUAGAAACUGAAACCGAUGAAAUGCCUAAAGCCAGCCAAAGUCCGCUUGGUAAUAUUAGAAAAAAGCACCACGUUUUAACUCCAAGACAAAGCGAGAGAGCAUUGGGAAUAGCUCUGGAACCUCAGGUAUCACUGAAAUCGAAGAAAUACAAAUUUAGUGGUUUAGUGAGUUGGUUCAAGAAAGGAGAAACAUCUCCCUCUGAUGAAUUAGAUAACGUGGACAACGGAGAUUCUUUUACAGAUACCUCAAGUUUCAUCAGACAGUCUUCAAAGUAUUAUCAUCACAAAGACUCUAGCCGAAGCAACGUUAGCCAAAGUAUUCAGAAAGCCAAGCGAAAGAUGGAGGAUAAAUUCAAAUUCGUAUUGAAGAAAGGCAAGAAGAAAGAUGGAAGUCAGGAAGAUUCGGCUUGUGGAUAUUUCAGCAGGAAGAACUCUAUGGAGUUUGGAGAAACAUCCAGAGAAUCCGAAUUUGUAAUUUUGAAGGAAAGAAAACUGAUUUCCACUACCUUAGUUUACCAAGGAGUUUCUAGGCUUUCGUUUCUUCUAGAAACUUGCCAACCUGGCUCUGUACCUGACGCUCACCUGUUAGCAUCCGUACUAGAUUUGCCUCAUGCUACAAUAGUAGCCAAAGCAACUCUACUGCUGGAGUGUGCAUAUUUUGUACAUUGCUGCAAUAAAAACCAAUGGCCAUCGUGGAUAAAGUGCGGAAUUCCUUUAAACAGGCAAUCUGGACCUCUACCAGCCAGAGCUAGCCACCUUGCGGAUUUAAGAAGAUCCUACGUAAACCAAAGGGCAGCUGGAAAGUUAUUCUACCAAUGGGCAGAAAUUGUUGGUCAAAAACUGGAAGAGUUCAUCAACGAAGACAAGACUUUGCAACCACAGGUCAUCGGAAUGGUCAAUGACGAACAAAAACAAAGGGAAUUACUCAUUCAAGAUGAAGAAGAAGAUUUCUUAGAUGAAGCAAGCAUACAUUCUUAUGGAUCUUCUUGCCCGAUGGCUUUGAGGUUAAUAGCCUGCGUGCUCCUGCAGGAAGUCACCGCAUUCCUGCGCGAAACCUACCAGACUAUACCGAAAAGUUCGAGGGUAAUAGAAAAAGGUAAACCGACUCAUUGGGAUAAAUUGUACAGCAGAGAAGCCAACAGAAGGUGGAGCAUGGCGUUAUCUUCUAUGGGACAUUCACAAACUUCCGCGCAGAGUUUACAAUCUAUAGCAGGAGACAGAGACCACGGUUUAAUAGGUCCAACUGGAGAGAGGAAAAUUAGCUUCGUUCUCCAAGAGCCCGAUAAUGAAUCAGAAGGCAGCGGAAACACUACGACAUAUCUGCAGGGAGACGACAUUAAGCGGCAGCAGCAAUCAAGACCUUCUUAUAUUUUAAGGCGGGGAACCGCUGCACCAAGCGGAGGUUCUUUCAAAAGAAGAAGCCUCAAACUGAGAAGAGGCACCAAAGAAGACAUGGAAUGGAAAACGCAGGAAACAGUCAAACGCACCGAUUCCAUUCAAUCCAAGCGAAAAGUGAGCUCCAUAUCUGAUCGCAGCGACACUUCGGAACCCGGAGCUCCGGGGGAAGUCAGCGGAGAGGAGUCUCCGGGUGUUUUGAGCGACGAGCAACCGCCGGAGAGUCCGAGUGACAGCAACGAUGCAGACGACACGUCCAAGAACAUGCCUUGGUUGAAGACGAUGAUCCAAGUCUCGAACUCCUUCUAUUACUUCUGCCCUCACCAAUCCUUCUGCCACCCGUUUUGCUACAGGCGGGUGAUGAGAGCGUGCAGCCGGCUGGUAAAAGCCACUAGGAAAAUUUACGGCGAAGAAUUCGGUAUAUUAGACGAUAAAUUGUGCAUGGAUUUCGGCGGUAAAAAGAAAACUAAGAAAGAUAAAGGGCCAAACCGGAAGGUUUCUGACCAAACCAGCUCGACAGUUUCGCCAAUAAGAAGAAAAGACAGCGUGGGAAGAAAGGAUAAAAUCGACAAAAACGUGGAAGGCGGGCAGCUGGGUAAAAUGUUCUGCAAAGAUUCUUCGAGAGAUAUCGCAGAUUCCGAUCUCGGUUCGGACGCUAAACAAACGUCGGAGAAAAAACCCGAAACGCCUCCGCCCAUUCUGAAAUACAUAAAAACACAAGUGAAAGAUGUUUUUCAUUCACCACUGGCAGUGCUUCUAAAGGGAGCUGUUAUAUUAACAGAAGAACAUUUCUUGGACAUAAUUCCGGUCACAUGGGAAUUACUUUUAGAAUCCAAUCAAGAAGUCACCGCUUGCGCAGCUUCUUUGUUUAUCCUAGGUGCAGUCAGAGCUCCCCAGCAAGUUUCGGAAUUAAUGCAACACGGUUUGUCCCAUAUGGACUGCGCGGUGCGCAUCAAUGCCAUCUUACGAUUUCAAGUUUUGUGGAAGAUGCGGUAUCAAAUAUGGCCCAGAAUGGAAGAAAACGCACAAAUGCUUUUCAAAGUCCCACCUCCAGGUAUCGAAUUCACAUUACCUUCACCGAAAAUCGGCAUAGAAUCUCUGGACGUGGUUGAUUCACCUUGGAAAUUGCUGGUCAAGACUAAAGUCGAAGAGGUCACCAUUAACCAGGAGAGACAUAGAUCUUUGGUCACCGCUACAAAAACGAGGAAGAAGCAGCAAACCGAGCUUAUCAAAAUGGCGUUGCAAGCCCAAGACGAUAAAAAAAGGCUGGAAAGGGAGAACUUUCUGAUAACCACUAUACCUAUUACGAUUCAAGCUGCCCAUGAGCCCAGCUUGCACGAACACGAAGAAGGUGACGAUGGAGAAGCUGAAAAUCCAACCAGAAACGCAGGCCACACAGGCCACCAUCUUCAUUCCGCCCAUUCCCUAUUUCCUUCUUGCCUUUGCUCAGCAGUAGUGCAAAUAAUUAACCUCCUCGACGACGCUGCAGUAUCUGCAGAUGGCAACGCAGUUUACGAAGUCGCUUACCAAGUAAUUUGGACUUGCUUGGUGGAAGAUAGCGCACUUUUCUUGAGGUACAUCCUCGAAAGAUUAACAAGAGAGAAGCAAGAAUUAAUGUUCAAAAUCAUCAGGCAUUUAAUCAGAUUCAUACCGAAACUACCGCAACAAGCAGCGUUUGCUCUGUACAAUUACAUUAUUGGUUACGUUAUGUUUUACGUGAGGAGUCCUCACGAAGAAGGGCAAAACUUAAUAGGCGCUGCAUUGUCGGUUCUGUGGAUGGUGGUUCACAGCGUUCACGGGAUUAUGUUCAAAGAUUUGAAACAAAUUCUGAGGAAAGAACAAUGCGAUGCUUCUAUUCUGCUUACAGCUAACGUACCGUCUGCUAAGAAGAUUAUUGUGCACGGACCACAAGAUCCUGAUGCUGGUGGAAUACCGUCUCAAUUUCCAGUACAAGAGGAUACGCAAUUCUACCAAAUACUGCGAGAAUCGCUAGACUUUUUUGGAAUCGAUGAAAAGAAACAGAAAGAAUACUUUCUUGUGGAUUAUAAGACUCAUCAAAUUAGGAACCCUGCCUCCUACGUUAGGGACUACUACUUCUUCAAAAGAUCCCAGUACCCGCAGCUAGAAUUGGUUCACAUGAAGCCAGACGUGGCGUUCAACGCGCUACAAAAGCAAGAAUUGCUCCACAAAUUCGGCGAAAUCGGCAAAGUGCUGUUGACUUGGGCUAUCUUGAAGAACGUCGACAUGGUGGUACAGAGGGUCGUGUUUCUGCACGAGGAGUUGAUGAAGUUGCCGUCGUUUCCCCGGAAAGCGUUGGAAUCCGAUUUGGAUUUGUAUAAAAGCGGACCGUUGGGGAAAGAACUGUUAGGUCUGGACGUCUUGCACAAAUUCAUGUGGGUGAGAUUAAUCGCCAGAAUGUUCGAAGCUAUGGCUGGAAACUUCGCGUAUUCAGGUGACAUCCACCUCUUCGUGAACGUUCUCAACGGGGCGUUGGUUCUCCAUUCUGAAGAUGCUUGUAUUCUCAGAUAUGUCACUGCUACUUACAUUAACGCAGCGUUUCAUUUCAAAAACAUUUUCUCCACUAAUGGGUAUUUAUUGAUAAUGCCUACGUUGUUAAAAAUUUACUCCAACCACCAAACAAACAAACUGGUGACGACCACCAUCGAAUAUGCCGUGAAGCAGUUUUAUCUGAUGAACAGGAAACCUUUUAUUCUUCAGAUGUUCGGAUCAGUUUCUGCUAUGUUGGAUACAGAUGAAGACGGGACGUAUGGAGAUGCGCAUAAGAUUCAGUCCAGUUGCCUAUUUAACUUACUUUUAAGUUUGGAGACUCCCUCACCAGAUCCUCUAAAUAUAGCCGAAUUAGUUAAGGAAGAUAAGCCUCUUAAGGCUAUAGAUUUUUGUUACCACGAUGAAGACGAAAUGGUCACCAUUCUAGAUUGUAUUUCCAUGUGCGUGAUGGUAGUAUCGUAUUCUUCGGAAAGUGUAAGAGGCUAUCAAAUGCUUAUAAUUUUGGAAGCAAUAUUACCUUGUUACGUAAGACAAAUACAACAUCCUACCUACAAUAAAGAAGGCAAAAAAGAGAAGGAUAUUAUAAAUUUAUUAGCCAUAUCCAUUAGAACGUUGGUAAAUAAUUGCGAGUCGUUGACUAAACAUUUUUCCAGGAGCUACAACGGCCCCUACCGCUCGAGCCCCGAGCACAAGGGCUCGAGCCAGAGAAACUACAGCAGAGGCCCCUACUCCCCGGGCUUCGACUUCGAGGACGACUCCCACUCGAAGUUCAUGAGCGAGCACUCGCGAGCGAAGAGCAUGUACGAGCACGACGUCGAGGACUCGGAGGUCCUGCGGGCCGAGUACCGCCGACCCAGGGACGUCCUGCUGAGCUUGGUCGGGGAGUUCGUCGCCAAAGCCGGCAGCAGGCUGCAGGAGUUGAACAAAAAGAACAACAGCGACGGGAAGAUGGUGGAAUUGUUGGAUAUUAAAUCGCACGUGAGAUUGGCUGAUAUAGCUCAUACUCUUCUAAAAGUGUCUCCUUAUGAUCCGGAAUCUAUGGGUUGUAGGGGACUCCAGCAUUACAUGACCUAUGUUUUGCCUUCUACUGAUUGGUCUAACGAUGCGAUGAGGCCUGCUCUGGUUACCAUUCUAAGAAGACUCGAUAAAGUGUUCCAAAAAAUUUCAAAAAAACCUUCCAUACGAAGGAACACCGACUGGGAUGCCGCAGCGGGUCUGUUAAAAGGAGUUUAUGACACAAUGGUGAAGUACCCUUAUAUUAUUCACUGGUCUCAAAUCAGGGCGCUCAUAAACACCUGCCAGGGUUUAAUAGUCGUAGAUUGCUGUUCUCAAGAAGGCGUUUCGGGGGCCACAGCAGCUUUAAUGAGUCAAGCCCCGCCGCAGCAUUUUUGUUCCAUGGUAGUUCGACUGAUAGCUCUACAAAUUCAAAAUAUUCAGGAAACAUGCGCAACAUUAGAAACAGUAUGCGGAGGAAGUUCCGUGUUUCCCACUCAAGAUAAGACCGAAAGCAUGAUCAUUAAUUUAAUAGUGCCUCUGUGUUUGCGAGUGGGAUCUGGAAGAAAAGACGUUGGGCAAAUGAAACAGAACGACAUAAGCUUCGCUUUGACGUUGGUCCUUCACGCGAUGAGUCCUCCGAACACCAAAAACCUCAAUCCUUCUGGUACAAAUGUUAAACCUACCUCUGAAAAUCGUACUGGAAGUUUGACUUUUACAGGAACGAGAGAUACUAAAACAUCGGCUAAAAUUAAUACUUCUCUGUACCAGGUCGCUUUUCUAGCGUUAAAAAUUAUGGCGAUAUGUUUUGAAGGAGAACUGAUGAGCGAAUGGUCGAGGAUCGGCAGAACAAUGAGAGAACUGGGCAAACGAAACGAAGCAGCAACGUACGUUUGGGAUUUUUUGGAUUUUGUAGUUACACACAGAACUGUUUUAUACAUACUAAUGCAACCGUUCAUAUUUCAAAAGUUGGCGCAACCGCCUAUUUCUGAUUUCGAACGCAAUAUGCACACGAAAAUCAGAAAUAAAAUGCGCAGCAUCGGCCUCCCGUUGCCCAAGGGAAGGGCGGCCUUGCUGCUCGACCUGGCCCACGAAAUGAAACUCCUCAAGGAGGAACUGGACGAAUCUACUGAGUCGGUUUCGGAGCCCAAAAAGGACAGUUGCCAAAUGACUACUGAAGUGCCCGCUCGUCAUCAAAGACACUCGCUGAUCGGUUUGUUUACAGGCGACAGCCAUCAUCAAUCCAAGUCAGCGCCAGCUCAUGAUGUUAUGCAUUCCCAAGUUAAAGAAUCCUCAAGCAGUCAUAGCUCAACACCGAUCCAAGCGCAGAAUGUAAGUGAUACACAAGAACCGCCUAAUGGCCAUUCCACACCUGGAGCGCAACCAGAUCGAUCCUCUCAAAGGUCUUCAGUGAGCGACGAGCACGGCGCUCCCAUACCCAAAUCAGAAUCCCUUCUGUUUCAUAAAGCCCACAAACUCCGUUUCGUGUCGUCCGUAGAAUUUAGACACUCAUCAGGAGAAACAUCAACAACACCAUUGAGCCCAGGAAGUCCUGCAGAAGACAGUUCAGGAGAAAUGUACCCCAGCAAAUCGAGAUUACAGAGAAUCAAGCCACAAAGCAGAAAAACGUUCCGGUUAAGAAAAAGCAAGAAAGCCAGACAAGCUGAAGCGAUGGAAAAGAAGUCCGAAGAAGAAUUAAGUAGAUCGAAACUUCAACACGAAGACUCCGGCUCUCCGCCGCUCUCUCCGCCCGUUUCUGCGCCACCGCAGGAUUCAUCACAGCAUUAUGCAUCCACAGUGCAAACUCAGGCCGCUCAGAAAUCCGAUCCGCAGCAAACUCACAGGUUCGAGCCUCUGACGGAUUCCCAUCGCCUGCGCAUAGCCACAAGGUCCAAGGUAACUGAAGGAUCUUGGGACGAAGACUCGGCGAUUUCACAGACCUCCAGCACCUCCGGAUACAGAGAAUCCUAUCCAGUGAUGCUACUCAAGGAACCUCUGGAAGCCUCGCCGAAGGCUUUUCCACCGCUGGCUUCGCCCGAUAUCCACAGUUUGCCGUCCACCAGUAGCGCUACUACCACUAAUAAUUUCGUGCACAUAGAUAACUCCUCUCCGGAUUGCUCGCUCAACGAAAACGGCGAGAAGACCGCUUUGCUGGGAUCCACCGAGAAAUCCUCGUCCCAUCAGAGCUUGCUAAUGGGAUUCGACGCUCAGGACGAAAAUACGCUUAUUUAAUCCGGUUUACAGGCACGUGCAAGCCACCUUGUUUGAUUAUUUCUUGUUUAAAGAAUCGUUAAGAGUUGUGAUGCUGAGGAAUUGAUACAAAAAUGGGAUACUUCUAAGGAAGACUGAGAUUAUAAUGUUUAACAAGUUUUCUUGCAUGUGGUGGUAUAGGAAUACAAUUUAUUACCUAUUAGAAAAUUGAUGUAUUAGAUUCUUAUAAUUAUAGUAAAUUAUUAUUAGUAUAUUGAAUCGUUGAUUAUAAUUAUUGAUGGAAUCGACGUGAAAUCAUCUGGUAGGCUUCUGCUUGAGAGUAUUGAGUGUUUCAAUUAUUUUUGAAUUCGAUAAUGUUGAAAUAUCGUUAAAUUCUCGGGGGAAUUCGUCCUUUAAAUCGGCUAUGAUGAACGAUACAGCAGCCCAAACAGCAGUAGCUUUGUCCAAAUUGUCCGGAUCGAGAACCUCCAAUCUAUCGGCGUCAGAGUGAUGCCACCAGAAAUAGUUUUCGUUCGUGUUGUAAAGGCUUGCAGUGGGAAUUUUACGAGCCCAUAUGGCGAUAUCGGAACCCACGGAAUCAUAGUAUUUGGUGCUAGUUGCA